AUGGAGAAUAUGGCGGAGGAGGAGCUGCUACCCCAGGAGAAGGAGGAGGUGGAGGUGGCCCAGGUCCAGGUCCCGACCCCAGCUCCGGCCCCGGAUUCGGCCCCGGCCCCGGACUCGGCUCCGACUCCGGCCUCGGCUCCAGCCCCAGCCCCUGCCCUGGCCCAGGCUCCGGCCCUGUCCCCGUCCCUAGCCUCUGCCCCUGACGAGGCUGAAAGCAAGAGACACAUCUCAAUUCAAAGGCAGCUUGCUGAUCUAGAGAAGUUAGCUUUCGUAACUGAAGGGGAUUUUGACCAUGCCAGUUCGUUGAACUCAGAUAAUCUUGAUGCAGGAAACAAACAGUCUUGUCCAUUGUGCCCUAAGGAAAAAUUCAGAGCUUGUAAUAGCCAUAAGCUUCGUCGUCACCUUCAAAAUUUACACUGGAAAGUCUCGGUUGAAUUUGAAGGUUACAGGAUGUGCAUCUGUCACUUACCUUGUCGACCAGUGAAACCAAACAUUAUUGGAGAACAGAUAUCCAGUAAAAUGGGCGCCCAUUAUCAUUGUAUCAUUUGUUCAGCAACAAUCACCAGAAGGACCGAUAUGCUGGGACAUGUUAGGCGACAUGUGAAUAAAGGAGAGACGAAAUCCAAGUAUAUUGCUGCUUCUGCUGCUAAACCACCUAAUGAAAUUUUGAAAGAGGCAGACACAGAUGUACAAGUUUGUCCUAACUAUUCUAUACCUCAAAAAACAGAUUCCUAUUUUAAUCCCAAAAUGAAACUAAAUCGACAGCUAAUAUUUUGUACAUUGGCUGCUUUGGCCAAGGAACGAAAACCUUUGGAAUGUCUAGAUGCCUUUGGAGCCACUGGGAUAAUGGGAUUACAAUGGGCAAAACAUCUCGGAAAUGCAGUUAAGGUUACAAUUAAUGACUUGAAUGAGAACUCUGUGACACUGAUUCAGGAAAAUUGCCAUUUAAACAAGUUGAAAGUGGUGGUAGACAGUAAGGAAAAGGAAGAGAGUGAUGAUAUUCUUGAAGAAGGAGAAGAAAAUCUUGGUAACAUUAAGGUGACCAAAAUGGAUGCCAAUGUCCUAAUGCAUUUGAGAUCCUUUGAUUUCAUACAUCUAGACCCUUUUGGAACAUCGGUGAACUAUCUAGAUUCUGCAUUCAGAAAUAUAAGAAACCUUGGCAUAGUGUCUGUGACUUCUACAGAUAUCAGUUCUUUAUAUGCCAAGGCACAACAUGUUGCCCGGCGUCACUAUGGCUGUAAUAUUGUCCGAACUGAGUAUUACAAGGAACUAGCAGCCAGAAUUGUUGUAGCUGCAGUGGCAAGAGCUGCAGCCCGAUGUAACAAAGGCAUUGAAGUACUGUUUGCAGUGGCUUUGGAACAUUUUGUGUUGGUUGUUGUGCGAGUUUUGAGGGGGCCUACUUCUGCAGAUGAAACAGCCAAGAAGAUUCAGUACCUGAUCCAUUGUCAGUGGUGUGAAGAGAGAAUUUUUCAGAAGGAUGGUAAUAUGGUGGAAGAAAACCCAUAUAGACAGCUGCCCUGUAACUGUCAUGGAAGCAUGCCUGGAAAGACAGCAAUAGAACUUGGACCUCUAUGGUCAAGUUCCCUUUUCAAUACUGGAUUCCUCAAAAGAAUGCUAUUUGAAUCUCUUCACCAUGGUUUAGAUGACAUUCAGACCCUAAUAAAGACAUUAAUCUUUGAAUCAGAGUGUACUCCUCAAAGUCAGUUUUCAGUUCCUACGCCUUCAAAUCUCAAGCAAGAAGAAUGUGGUGUGUUUAUUAAAACUACAGAUGAUACCACACCAGAUAACUACAUUGCACAAGGAAAAAGAAAAGGUAAUGAAACAGUCACAACUUUAGCCAAAAGGCAAAAGACUGAUGUCAGUACUGAACAUCCUCCCUUUUAUUACAACAUCCACAGACACAGCAUUAAAGGAAUGAAUAUGCCAAAGUUGAAAAAGUUUUUGUGCUAUCUUUCUCAAGCAGGCUUUCGAGUGAGCCGAACUCAUUUUGACCCAAUGGGUGUUCGUACAGAUGCACCUCUGAUGCAAUUUAAAUCGAUCCUUUUAAAGUACAGCACCCCUACAUACACGGGAGGACAGUCGGAGGGCCACGUCCAGCCAGCAUCCGAGGAUACAGUGGCUGACAGGGUUGAAAUGUCAAUGAACGACAAAGCAGAAGCCAGCAGUUGCAGAAGAUGGUAA